AUGUGUGUAUUCGUGCCGGCACACGUACACAGCCCAACAGAACUACCAGUAUGGACAGGAUGGAAACAGUGGUGCGGACGAUGUGCCGACGAGGUGAAUGGAAUUCACCAAAAAGAGCUGAAAGAAGUCAUGGUCCUUUUAUGUGAACUUGUUCGGCCUCGGGUGCUCGACAGAGGAAUGGCCGCUCGAGACUGGCGCUGGGAUUGGUCGGUUUCCUCUUCGGGCUUCGAAGGCAACGAAGCCUUCAAGAGGCUGCAAUAG